AUGUCAGCCGACGAACUGGUAGACGAACUUCCUUUUACUCACUUUGUCCUCGUUCAUUUCGAUAUGGAUGACAAAGCUUGCCUAAAAGUUUCGCAGUCAGUUGCAAAUGGAUGGCAACCGAUACGAUCCGCGAACGUCAAACAGGCAAUGCCCGGAAUUGCCAAGACCAACUACUCAUAA